UCCCAACUUCCCCCUCUCUGCGUCCCGCAUCUGCUGUUAAAAAUAAAAUAAUAUAAUAAUAUAAAAAUAUUUUUAUUUACUUUCGUUUUCGUACUUUCGUUUCAUAUUCGUUUAAUUAUUGAUGUAAACGUUUGAGGAGCACGUCGCGUCUAAAAAUAAAGGCGUUCUUUCCAAAGCUUGAGAGGUUGCGCUCAAGUGGCAUCUCCUGUUGCUACGCAACUGCUGCGCAUUCCGUGAAGGCGAGGAUAACGUAAUGCGUGAUCGGAUUUUAAUUGCUCAUCUGCUCCUCACCUUUCCUAGUACUUUAGGUUGCCAACUGUCGCGCAUUAGCCGGGACGUCCCGUAUUUUGAGCCUAAUUUACUUGUCCCUGUACCGGUGUCCUAAACCGGUUUUUGGACUGCAACGAUGAUUUAUUUAGUGACUGAAAUGUGGCGCCACAAGAACCGAGCGGCAGAUAACAUAAAAAUCCCGCGAGAGCGAUUCGAGAAGUCAUACAACGGAGACUGCUAUCGAAAUGCUCUCGCGGUACUUUGACGUCAUCCAACUGUCAGUUGUUGCAGCGCCAUUAGCAGCAACAGCAGUAGUGCUGAUCACGAGGCUUGAGAAUGAUCUCCGACACCUUUCAUCCAAUCACAAUCAGUAUACGAUCAAGAGAGUCAAAUAAUAAGAUUUCAUGUUUUCUUUUUAUAUUAUUUAGCUGUUUGUGCAUGUAUAAAAUCUGCAUAGUUACAAGUUCGUUCUCGCUGAUCCAGAGACUAAACGACUACGACUCAAACUGAAAUGCCCCAAGGCAUUUCCAACUCAACUAGGAAAUUCUCGCGCUUAUGAUUUACAGACUGAAAUCCUCUGUUGUUGAGAGUGAAUCACUCACAGAGGAGUGUAGUGUGGACCGGUCGAUCCACAGCCUGCCAUCAGCCUCAGAUUGAGGUGACCGAUGGUGAUGUGGAGAAUCCAGGAGAGAGCGUCUCCCUGGAGCAGUCAUCAGCUUCCCGUGAACUUUUCUGUGGGUCACAGUGGAACCUGAAGAGUCCACAUCCUCAUCUUCUCCAGAAGAAUCAAGGUGUUUCUCAAUGUCAAGGAAGGAUCCUCGGAAGCCAGAAUUUCGAGGAUGCUACGUCAUCGACAUCCGUCGAAAAAUAUCCCAUAUACAGGAAAGUAUGCAUAUGUGUAGCCUUCGCGCUCUUUGCACUCUGAAAUCACCCAGAAUCCUAUGCGCGCAGUGCCGAAAGCACAUCUUAUUAUUACUGACAUAAUAAUGCAAUAACGUGCACUUGCUAGCCUGUUCCAUUUAUGUGUUCUCCGAAUGCUAAGAGGAGCCUCGCCUUGCCUCUGAAGGAAGUAACUUGGAACGACCAGUCCUGCCUAGGAAGUACCCUUGACAUUGAGAAACACCUUCAGUCUACACACCACAGGAUUAUAUCAUGGGGACGGAGACUAGUAGUCUUCACGAGAGGGCGGAGACUUUAGUCUUUGAUUUAGUCCGUGUGUCUGGUUGCGGAUACGUGUCUGCAGGCUUCCGAUUUAAGGUAGGGCUUACCCUGUUUAGGUUUGCCCAAACCUCACGGUUGGCUAGCUUGCACACUGGCAAGAGACCCGAUGGACUGGUGGAUUCUUCGGCUACGAAGAGAAGAGCGGUGGGGUCUGAAGCUGAUUGACAGGUUUAUCGAAAGGUAUGGGUAACUUUUUUUUGUGGGCGAGGUAUCUGUUUGUCCCGUGGGGAAAAAAAUGUGUUGAACAGUUUAAAGUGUAAAGAGCAGUAACUUUAGUUUCUGGACUGGUGAAUGUAAACCAGCGUCUGGAAAAGAUUUAGGGCCAGAUUUACUAAACGGGCCAAAUUAAUGUGAGGGCGCAAUUCCCCAAUAGCGCAGGUGGGAGUGGUAAUAUCUGCGGUUUAUUUACUAAAAAGGCGCAAAUUAAAAAACACAGACGCAGCAGCUGAUUUUCUUAAGGUCCAGCGCAAUCUCUACUAAAAGCAGCGCAAAUUAGUUUAGGGUCGCAAAUAGAAGCUGAUGCUCCUGCAGGUGCGGGUGAUCUGUUAACGCCUGAUGCGCUUGAGUUCAGCACCACGGAAAUCGCAGGUGAAAAUGCGGGGUGUGAAAUCCCAACUAACACGGCAAAGAAAAAAUGAAGUUGUACAAGAAGUUUUAAAACACUGGGUAUUGUGUGACUUCUCCUAGUGACUCCUCUUUUAUUGCCUUCAGCAAAUAAAAAAUAAUGCUUUGCAAACAGUAUUUUUGAAUAAUAUGUUCCUCUGGCCUUCUAAAACUGUUUUAUGUGGAAAAAAAUCUUUGCGCUCUCUGAUCUCUGUGAUUCGCCACCUAUAUCAGCAACAAUCGCAGCCCUUUCAAGUGCAAAUGGUUUCUUUUUUUGUCUUUAAAUAAUGGCACAAAUACCAGUAAUUUCACACAUGCAAACAACAUGCAAGUAAAUCUUGUUGUGUGAAUCAUUUAAAUACUCUUCCCCAAUAAAUUUUGCAUCUGAAACUUCCAAAAAUGUAUAUGCAAUAAGGUCAAUCACAAAAAUAACUAGCCCAUGCCUUUUCACGCUAAUUGUCCACUGUAAUAAUCCACACACUCAUUAUUUAAUGCCAAAAUAAUGGUUUGCGCUGGCGCAAGCUGUUAUUAAAUCUGAACUUUAAAAUGCUGCUACAGCAUCUGUCAGAAAUAUAUAUAUAUAUUUUUUUUUUUUUUGCACAAUUGUAGUAACAGUAGUGAACUAGUACUGUAGAUGUCAUACAAUUCAUACUGAUCUAUCUGUUUAAACACUGAAUGAUAGAUGUAUUUUUUCUUUUUCAGGUUAUAGUAAUGCAGCUGUGCACCACCGGCGAAUAUGCAAAACCCAAAUAAAUGCCAUUAUGUUCAUAAACAUGAUGUGUUUUUAAAUUCUUUGUUAAGUCUGUUCAUUUAAACAGAUAAUCCACAGAGUAAUGUGAGAUCCGACUUGAACACGUGAGGUUUUGGCCGUGGAGCUGAAGCUCUGUGCAUCUAGGUGGAGAUUUCUUUACAUGAACUUAACAGCAGUGUCUUAACCGCAUACUGUACAUCACAAGAUGUCAUCAACGCAUGACAGUGAGUUAUGCAUCACAUAUAUCAGCAUCGGUUACAAAGGAAAAAAGGGCCUUCUUUUGUCCUUCCGCACCUGCCCCAUGCGGAGUGGGUAUUUUCACUAAAGAGAUGAAAGUGGGAAGUGAAACAGUUACUGGUGCAGGACGUCAGUGCCCUGAUAAAUUGAUGAGGGCCUAUUCUCAUCUUGAAAAUGGGUCGACGAUCUUUUUAUAUAGAAAAGAUCGUCCACUUGUUAGCAUUCGACCGGAUGUCCCGGCACCUCCUCAACCCACUGAGCCCUCCAACUCUGUGAGUAGCAGUGUGGAAAGCGAUGCUUGCCCCUCGGAGCCUGCAGUCGCUACCAGUGCUGUUGCUCCACAGGUGGAGGAGGCGCUCAUUGGGCGUGCGGUGCAGACAUCCGAGGAGACAUCAUCUCUGAAGCCGCCAUCAGCUCCUCCAAACACAGCUUUUCCAACUAAGAAUGAUCUCUGGUACACAGUUCCAGAGCUUCAAUUAGGGGAAGAGCGGGAUGUGGAGGUUAGGCCGAAGUGGGCCAGACUGGCAGGAUGCGGGAUCUCUGAGGAGCCUCGGGUUGCGACAUCCGAGGAGACAUCAUCUCUGAAGCCGCCAUCAGCUCCUCCAAACGCAGCUUUUCCAACUAAGAAUGAUCUCUGGUACACAGUUCCACAGAUUCAAUUAGGGGAAGAGCGGGAUGUGGAGGUUAGGCCGAAGUGGGCCAGACUGGCAGGAUGCGGGAGUGAAAAUCAGUUUCCCACUGUAUUUGCGAGUCUAUCUGAUUUAGAUCAAGAGGACUUUCCAAUGGAGAACCUCCCCUCACCUGCUCCUGUGUCUGCUCCAGUCUCUGAGGAGCCUCGGGUUGCGGCCCUCCCCUCACCUGCUCCUGUGUCUGCUCCAGUCCCUGAGGAGCCUCGGGUUGCGGCCCUCCCCUCACCUGCUCCUGUGUCUGCUCCAGUCCCUGAGGAGCCUCGGGUUGCGACAUCCGAGGAGACAUCAUCUCUGAAGCCGCCAUCAGCUCCUCCAAACGCUUUUCCAGCUAAGAAUGAUCUCUGGUACACAGUUCCACAGCUUCAAUUAGGGGAAGAGCGGGAUGUGGAUGUUAGGCCGAAGUGGGCCAGACUGGCAGGAUGCGGGAGUGAAAAUCAGUUUCCCACCGUAUUUGCGAGUCCAUCUGAUUUAGAUCAAGAGGACUUUCCAAUGGAGAACCUCCCCUCACCUGCACCUGUGUCUGCUCCAGUCCCUGAGGAGCCUCGGGUUGCGGCCCUCCCCUCACCUGCUCCUGUGUCUCCUCCAGUCCCUGAGGAGCCUUGGGUUGCGGCCCUCCCCUCACCUGCUUCUGUGUCUGCUCCAGUCCCUGAGGAGCCUCGGGUUGUGGCCCUCCCCUCACCUGCUCCUGUGUCUGCUCCAGUGCCUGAGGAGCCUCGGGUUGCGGCCCUCCCCUCACCUGCUCCUGUGUCUGCUCCAGUCCCUGAGGAGCCUCGGGUUGCGGCCCUCCCCUCACCUGCUCCUGUGUCUGCUCCAGUCCCUGAGGAGCCUCAGGUUGCGGCCCUCCCCUCACCUGCUCCUGUGUCUGCUCCAGUCCCUGAGGAGCCUCGGGUUGCGACAUCCGAGGAGACAUCAUCUCUGAAGCCACCAUCAGCUCCUCCAAAUGCAGCUUUUCCAACUAAGAAUGAUCUCUGGUACACAGUUCCAAAGCUUCAAUUAGGGGAAGAGCGGGAUGUGGAUGUUAGGCCGAAGUGGGCCAGACUGGCAGGAUGUGGGAGUGAAAAUCAGUUUCCCACCGUAUUUGCGAGUCCAUCUGAUUUAGAUCAAGAGGACUUUCAAAUGGAGAACCCCCCCUCACCUGCUCCUGUGUCUGCUCCAGUCCCUGAGGAGCCUCGGGUUGCGGCCCUCCCCUCACCUGCUCCUGUGUCUGCUCCAGUCCCUGAGGAGCCUCGGGUUGCGGCCCUCCCCUCACCUGCUCCUGUGUCUGCUCCAGUCCCUGAGGAGCCUCGGGUUGCGGCCCUCCCCUCACCUGCUCCUGUGUCUGCUCCAGUCCCUGAGGAGCCUCGGGUUGCGGCCCUCCUCUCACCUGCUUCUGUGUCUGCUCCAGUCCCUGAGGAGCCUCGGGUUGGGGCCCUCUCCUCACCUGCUCCUGUGUCUGCUCCAGUCCCUGAGGAGCCUCGGGUUGCGGCCCUCUCCUCACCUGCUCCUGUGUCUGCUCCAGUCCCUGAGGAGCCUCGGGUUGCGGCCCUCCCCUCACCUGCUCCUGUGUUUGCUCCAGUCCCUGAGGAGCCUCGGGUUGUGGCCCUCCCCUCACCUGCUCCUGUGUCUGCUCCAGUCCCUGAGGAGCCUCGGGUUGCGGCCCUCCCCUCACCUGCUCCUGUGUCUGCUCCAGUCCCUGAGGAGCCUCGGGUUGCGGCCCUCCCCUCACCUGCUCCUGUGUCUGCUCCAGUCCCUGAGGAGCCUCGGGUUGCGGCCCUCCCCUCACCUGCUCCUGUGUCUGCUCCAGUCCCUGAAGAGCCUCGGGUUGGGGCCCUCUCCUCACCUGCUCCUGUGUCUGCUCCAGUCCCUGAGGAGCCUCGGGUUGCGGCCCUCUCCUCACCUGCUCCUGUGUCUGCUCCAGUCCCUGAGGAGCCUCGGGUUGUGGCCCUCCCCUCACCUGCUCCUGUGUCUGCUCCAGUCCCUGAGGAGCCUCGGGUUGCGGCCCUCCCCUCACCUGCUCCUGUGUCUGCUCCAGUCCCUGAGGAGCCUCGGGUUGCGGCCCUCCCCUCACCUGCUCCUGUGUCUGCCCCAGUCCCUGAGGAGCCUCGGGUUGCGGCCGUCCCCUCACCUGCUCCUGUGUCUGCUCCAGUCCCUGAGGAGCCUCGGGUUGCGGCCCUCCCCUCACCUGCUCCUGUGUCUGCUCCAGUCCCUGAGGAGCCUCGGGUUGCGGCCCUCCCCUCACCUGCUCCUGUGUCUGCCCCAGUCCCUGAGGAGCCUCGGGUUGCGGCCCUCCCCUCAACUGCUCCUGCGUCUGCUCCAGUCCCUGAGGAGCCUCGGGUUGCGACAUCCGAGGAGACAUCAUCUCUGAAGCUGCCAUCAGCUCCUCCAAACGGUAAGACUUAAUUUUUGUACA